UAGGUACACUAGGUUGGUCUGUCCAGCGCGCGUCGGACCGCCGUCACUGUUGAAUGUCGUAACACAUCAUCUCCCUCUCUCGUCUUCGUAAUAUUAUCACUCCAGGUUCCAGCUUCUUCUUCUUGUAUUUUACCACACCUCACAAUACCGUCCAUUCUACACCCUGGGCUGCUACCUAACUUUUUCUUGUGACGACGACUACUGAACUCUCCGCGGUCUCGCUGUCUGGCCCGAUAAAUCAGAUUCACAUUGCCCUUGUCUGGCAUAUUUCGCGAACCUGUCUAAUACGUCAAACUCCAUCCCCCAUCCCUUUAUUUCCCCCCCACCGGGCAUACUAGGGACGGCCAAUAAUCCCCCGGCAACAUUUCCCGUCAUCCCAUCGCGAAAUCCAAGUCGCUCUAGAUUUUCCCAAAACCACCAAACCACGUAGAGCCCAACCGAUCGCCAACAUGUCCGUCGAAAUCGAUCCCCUCGAGCUGGGUUUCCGCAGGCCCUUUACUGUGGAGGUUUCGCAGAUCCUCAGGAUCAGGAAUCCCAAUACCUCUCCGGUUGCUUUCAAGGUCAAAACCACCGCCCCCAAGCAAUACUGCGUCCGCCCCAACUCGGGUCGCAUUGAGCCCGGUCACGAUGUCGAAGUUUCCGUCCUCCUCCAGGCCAUGAAGCAGGAGCCCCCCUCGGACGCCCGAUGCCGUGACAAGUUCCUUGUCCAAUCCGUCGCCAUCACCGGUGACAAGGAGUUCACCAACGUUGCCCAGAUUUGGGAUGGUGUCGACAAGUCCCAGGUUCAGGAGAAGAAGAUUCGCGUGCUCUGGCUGCCACCCUUUGGAGAGGAGACAACCUCCCCCGUGGCUGCCACCCCUAUCCGCCCCUCGACCUCGAGCCGGGCCGAGGAGACCCCUGCUCCUUUCACAUCGCCCAGCGAGACCCGGUCUUCGACGGUCGACACCCGCGAUAUUAAACAAGAGCCCGACGUCGCCGACAACUUCCAGUCGACUGUUGCCGCCGUCGCAUCGACAGCACAGCAUACCGCUUCCGAGACGUACGAGCAGUUGAAGGAACAGUUGGCCAAGGCCCAGGCGACCAUCGCAUCUCUCCAGAACGACGCCGCCAGCGGCCUGAGACAGAGGAAGGCGGCUGUGGCUGACGCGGUGGGCGAGCAGGCGUCGAACGUACAGGCGACCGCUCAGGACCUCGCGCAAUCAGCGAGGCAAGGCACUGAGGGAGUGCCAGUCCAGAUUGCGGCGGUCCUCUGCUUGGUUAGCUUCCUGCUGGCCUAUAUCUUCUUCUAGUGCUGCAACGAAACACCCGGUUCCAUUUUUUUUCUUGUCAUCGCGAAGGCUGCUGCUCCUCCAGUACGCCUGGGGUUUCACACAAUACAACAACGUAAUCCUUUCCUGUCCUUUUUUCUCUUUUCGUUUCUCGGUUUUCAUAUAUCGUUUCACUCACUACUAAAAACUUUGUCUUUAUUCCCUUUGUCGUCGGGGGUAGUGGAUAGAGUGGCAGGCCCAGGGGUGUAUUCUAGGAUCUGAAGUAGGCAGCGCAGGAAGAGGAAGAAGACAAGAGAACAAACACGCGUGGGUUCGGGGUUCGGUUUUGUCUUGCUCGUAGGGGAGGAGGUGAGGUGAGGUGAGGUGAGGUGAGGUGAGGUGAGGUGAGGU